AUGGAGUUCUGCGAUCCGCAGUUGGUCUCGUACGCGAGUGAGCUGCCCGAGUUCAUCCGGAAGUCCGUCGAGAACGUUCGCUUGCUGAUGGGCGCGCCGACCCUUCUUGAUGGGCGGGACGUGACGGCGACGAGGUUGCAGGAAGCACUCGACGCUGCGAGUUCCGAGGCUGGCAGUGACAAGGACAAGGCCAAGAUCGUUGUCGUUGUAGAUGGCUCAGGCACUUACGACGCUAUCUCGAAGGCAGUUGCGUCGUCCCCUGCUGGCAGGGCCCUGAUCAAGAAGGCCGAAGCAAAGAAGGAGCGCAUGGCGGUCGUCAGUUCCAAGCACGCGAAGCUCGUCGUGGUGCUUGACGGGCUCAUGGACGUGUUGACGGACCAGGUGGGCAUCGACUACAAGGAGGCGGUCAUCCAGUACCAGAAGAUCUGCGACAAGUUUACCAGCGAAGACUUCAGCGCCCAGGCGGACCUCGUGACGCAGGUGAAACCAAAGGUUGUGCAGGUGUCCGGAGCCAUCCUGCGCACCGUCGGCAACGCCUCUGUAGCUCUCCUCAAGGAUGUGUCCGUGCCACUGCUGGAGCCGACAGCUCCGUUCAUGAUGUUUCUUGAGGCCCUGGUGCUUGAGGCAUCGGUCAAAAUUUGGAAGCCUUUCUUGGACGUCACUCCGUUCUUCAGCGUGAUCCAGUGGUCGCGCUCGUACUUGCAGGACAUGUCGGGCGCCGUUGCGUUGUGCAAAGCGGCGCUCUCGAAUAAGGGUGAUGCUCCUGAGGGGUUGCUCUCGGCGAUGGCCACUCUGCGCGCCAUGAACCCCGGCGAGGCCGACAUCAAGAAUCUCAUCACGAGCACCUGGGGGGACAGCAUAUUCGAGUUGGCUUCCAAGCACAUCGACACACUCUUAGCAGACGAGUCCGUGCAGCAACUGGUGGAGACGGCUACUGAGCAUGUCAAGUCCAAGUUGGCCCCCGUGCUGGAUAAGUGCGAAGCUAUGUACAAGGACCCGCACCACUUGCCCGACGACUCUAGCGCUGCCGAUCUCAAGAAGGAGAUGGUCCAGAUCCUUGACGAUGUAAAGGGGCUGAACGACAAGCGCCUCAACCGCCAGCUGCAGUUUUUUGCUCUUGGCUUCGAGGCGACCCACUGCCAGCGGGGCCUGGCGCACCGCUGGAACUCUUGCCAGACCGCGGAACAGAUGCUCAUUACGCCGGAGUGGAUCCUCCUUGUCAGCCCAGCUCGGCGUUUAUUGAAGACGAUUCGCAGCAUGCACAAUGACGAUACCAAAGCGGAAGAGUGCAAGGCUCUGUUCCAGGCUCAGGAUACGGACAAUCUCCACCUCGACGUCAACUUCAGCAGAUUCGACGCUCUGGUUAAGUUGGUUGAGCUCGAGUCUGGCGUCGACGGGACUUUGCAGAAGAUCUACGCCCAGUGGCAGGCGAGCGUUCACGGCCUCGUGACUUUCAUGGAGCAGGGCUGCCCGCAGUGGGAGGAGUGGGCCAAGCUGAGCACCUUCCCGUCCGAGGAGCAUAUCAAGGCGCUGGUCGAAAACCGCGCGUACCCCAAGCUCAUGCCCGCCAGCAACAAGCUCGAGGCAGUCCUCUCCUUGAUCGACACCCUGGAGAAUCAGGUCGGAGGCAUGCCGGUGCUCAGCGACGAGACGAGGGAGAAGGCCGAUAAGGCCAAGACCAAGGCGGUCAACACCGUCGCGGUCACUUUCGUGACAUACAAGAUGUACAAGUACAUUCCGUCCUUGGCUGAGGCUUCGAGGCCCGACGAGGUUGGCAAGUUGCGGAAGGCGGUGAAUGAUAAGGGCACCGCCCUGCUGCCG